UGGUAGGAAAAUAAUAACAAACUAAAGUUUAAAAAAAAAAAUGAAAUAAUGGAACCCAACCCAUCCGGCUCACGUUAGCAACAAGCACCUUCUAUCUCUGUGGAACUUGUGAUGUGCUUCGCUAAUUGACAGUUUCUUACCGUCUGUUUGCAAUUCCACGCUUUUCAUUUCCCCCAAAUUCCGUUCCCUCAGGACCAUGCAAUUCAUUUCAAUUGGAAUAGAAUAUUAUAGUAUACAAUACACAAAGAGGGGUUGUUGUUGAUUUGUUGGUUAAGGCCUUAAAGGGGAUAGAGAUACCACUACUAGUUCUGUCUGUAGCUUUAGUUUCCUUGCAAAUUGCAACUGUGACCUGUUUCUUAAUGGAUGGCAUUGAGGAUGAUGCAAGGUACCCCCAUAACCCAUAUGGUUAUGGUUAUCAGAAUUCUCCAUAUUCCCCCCCAGUUGAUACUGAAUAUGCCCAUGAUGAUAAUGAUGAAAAUGAACAAGAACAGUUAGAAGGGGAUGAUGAGGUUGAUGUUGAUCAAAGUAACAAUCUUCAGCUUCCCCAAGAGGAUGCUGUUGAUGAAGAUGGCAUGUAUGGGGGUGGUGAUGAAAAUGAUGAUAACCAUGAUGAUGAUGAUGAUGAUGAGGAGGAGGAGGAGGAGGAGGUGGUGGAGGUGGAAGAGAAUAAGCAGAUUGAUUAUUAUGCCAUUAAGAGUGAAGAUGAGUUAGAGUGGCACCCAAAAAAGCAAAAGCUAAAGAGUUUGAUUUCGACCUAUGAACUCGCACCUCGAGUGCCAGCACCAUCAUCAGUUGCAGCUACUGCUCCCACGGUUCCUAAACCAUCUUCUGGGGGUAGGAAUUCACUAACUGACUGGACUGAGCAAGAGACUUUUGUUCUUCUUGAUGCAUGGGGUGAUAGGUUUCUUCAACAUGGAAGGAAGAGUCUUCGAUGUGAGGAAUGGCAACAAGUUGCAAAAAUGGUAUCACAAGUUUCAAAAAUUGAAAGGACAGAUACUCAGUGUAGAAAUCGUCUAGAUACAUUGAAGAAAAAAUACAAGAAGGAGAAGGCUAAAUUUCCAGAUAGUGAUGGUGGAGCUUGCAAAUGGGUUUAUUUAAAAAGGAUGGAUGAGCUAAUGUCUUCUCCUCCGCAACAAGCUGGUCUCUCUUGUGGUUUAGACUCAGGAGAGUAUGUUUUUAUGAACACCAGAGUUCAUUUGAACCAUGCAAAUGGGUUGGAUGAAAUGAAGGAUAAUCCUGACAAUACAGAAUCUACUGGCGAAGAAGAUUCUGAUGGGCCUCAAGCAAAGAAAAGAAAGAAGAGAAGGGGCAGUGGCGAAGCUUCUUCUUUCAGGUUACUUGCUGAUUCCAUUCAGAAAUUCAGUAAGAUAUAUGAGAAGAUAGAAAAUAGUAAAAGGCAGCAGAUGGUGGAACUGGAAAAGAUGAGGAAGGAUUUCCAUAAAGAGUUGGAAAGGCAGAAGAGGCAGAUUUUAGAGAAUCUGCAGUGUGAGAUUUCAAAACUAGAGCAGAGAAAUGAUGAGAACAAUGAUUCUGCCGAAAAUGGUACUUGAAAUCUUAUGCAUUGUAGUUUUCAUUGUUGUGUAAGAAACAAUGUAGACUCUAGACAGCUAGUUGUAUCAUUUUUGAGGCAUUUUGCCCCUUCUUACCAGCAAUGUUGCAUUUUACUAGAAUUAGAACCGGAUAGCCCAAUCAUGUAAUUGUUACCGAGUUCAGAAUUGUGCUCAAUGCCUGUCUGGUCUAUUGCUUGACUUUGGUAUAUCAUAUUUAUGAAUAAUUAUAAUGUUAGAUGAUAUGAAUUACUUCUAACUGAA